CUCUGACUCAGAGAGAGAGAGAGCAGCCGAGCCGGUUCAACCCCAUGAAUACCGCUGCUGCAGAGAUCACGGCCUGCUUCUGCGUCUGCAGCUCCAGCAGUAGCAACAGCAGGGGCUGCAGUGCAAACGACUGCUAGUUCCCCUUUCCCCGCAUGAUCUCUGCCCCUUCCCCUACCUUCUCUUGUUCUUGCUUGCACGACCCUUUUCCUUGUGCGCUAGCUGCCGCUUCUUCUUCGUCUUCCUGGAGCUCCCCGCAUCCACACAUGCCCCAAGAACCAGACAAUAAAACAACACGGAACCAUCGGAGUCUUUUUCUACUACUAUUUCCAGCGAUUUGAUUAUAUGGAUGUGUGCACAGGUGCACGUAGAUAGGUAGAAUAGAAGGGAGAUUAUAGCUAGCUAGAGGCAGCGAGCAGCUCGGUUGCUGGGACACGCGAUCGAGCUACAGCAAAGAAGACUGCAGGGUGGCGCGGCGGGCAUGGAGGAUCUGUACAGCAUCCACCCGGGGAUCUCGCGCCACGGGGCGGCGGCGACUAGCGAGGCGUCCGGGGUCGCCGGUGGACCGGGCUCACCCCCGCCCCCGCCCCCGCCGGCGGCGGAUCUGACGGAGCUGGUCAAGGCGCAGAUCGCCGGGCACCCACGCUACCCGUCCCUCCUCUCCGCCUACAUCGACUGCCGCAAGGUGGGCGCGCCGUCGGAGGUGGCCACGCUGCUGGAGGAGAUCGGCCGGGAGAGGUGCGCCGCCGCCUCCGCCGGCGGGGAGGUCGUCGGCAUGGACCCCGAGCUCGACGAGUUCAUGGAGACGUACUGCCGGUUGCUGGAGCGGUACAAGGAGGAGCUGUCGCGGCCGUUCGACGAGGCGGCGUCCUUCCUCAGCAGCGUCAGGACGCAGCUCAGCUCCCUCUGCGGCGGCGCCGCCUCGCUCUCCGAUGAAAUGGUGGAGUCCUCUGAGGACGAGCCAUGCUCAGGCGACACAGACGCGACGACAGACCCAGGGCAGGAGCACAGCUCGCGCCUGGCCGACCGCGAGCUCAAGGAGAUGCUGCUGAAGAAGUACAGCGGCUGCCUGAGCCGGCUGCGGUCCGAGUUCCUGAAGAAGAGGAAGAAAGGGAAGCUGCCCAAGGACGCUCGGUCGGCGCUGAUGGACUGGUGGAACACGCACUACCGCUGGCCGUACCCUACGGAGGAGGAUAAGGUGAGGCUGGCGGCCAUGACUGGGCUGGACCCGAAGCAGAUCAACAACUGGUUCAUCAACCAGCGGAAGCGGCAUUGGAAGCCGUCGGAGGACAUGCGGUUCGCGCUCAUGGAGGGCGGCGUCUCCGGAUCCUCCUCCGGGACGACGCUCUACUUCGACACGGGCACCAUCGGGCCGUGAUCGAUGCGAUAGAUACCUCUGACGAAUUGGGGGCAAAUUGUUGGUUGAUACUGAGAUUAGUUACAUGAAGCAAUAUCCGCUGUCAUUUUGUCGGAUUCAUUGUGUAUAUGCAUGGGCGACAACGUGUAUUGUCGGGUACACAGUAUGUAGUGGCAUGUAAAGACACCGUAACAAUAUAACAUGAAUUGUUC